AUGGCGAUUGAAAGAUCAACACAUGUUAAUGCCUUGGAGAAGAAGAGUGGGUAUGAUUUGCCCGUUUAUGGACUGGAUAACGGUCAGUUUUAUGCAAUCCAUAUACCAGCACUGGUAUGUGUAUUUUUAAGCUUAGUCGCAGCUGUAUUGACCAUAUGUUUUUCAUUCAAACAUCAAAGAAUAUCAACAUUUUUCACUUGGACAAAAAGUGAACGGUUUGUUGUGUAUCUUGCCAUAUGUGAUGCCUUGUUUAAUAUUUUUCAUUCUAUGGAUCAUUUGCAUAUAGUCAUCACUAAGGAUCAUAUUUACCCUAAAGCUCUUUGUCAGUUUAAUGCUAUCAUGUCAGUCGAGUUUGUUCCAGCCCAGGGAUUGAUGGUAAAUAUAGUCGCUAUUAACGCUUUUGUUUUGAUUUACAUUCGUAAAAAAACUCGAUUUUGGACGUUAUGA